AACAAGUUGCCAUACUUGUAUUCCAGCCUCUAUUCUUACCCUUGCACACUGGUUAGUUGAGUCUUUCUUCCAUUUUCUUUAGGCUUGUUUCAGUCAAACUCGCAUGCUUCACACUUCACUCUCCAAAUUUAACACUCUUAACUUCUCACCAACUUUCUGCCAUGUCAACAAACCACCUCAGGAAUGGAUAUGGAGAUUCUGAACCUCUCCUUCGUCAAGCUCUACUGUCUUCUUCACAGAGAUCCAUUGUCAACUCAACAUCGCAGGUUGCUAUUGUCGGCGUCAAUGUCAGCCCAAUUGAGAGUCUCGAUUAUGAAAUUUUUGAGAACGAGUUCUUCAAGCAGGAUUGGAGGAGCAGAGGGAAGACUCAGAUAUUUCAGUACAUUUUUAUGAAGUGGCUCUUGUGCCUUAUCGUUGGCGUGAUCGUUAGCCUUAUUGGCUUCUGCAACAAUCUCGCGGUGGAGAAUCUCGCUGGCAUCAAGUUUGUGGUCACCUCUAAUAUGAUGUUGGAGAAGAGGUUUCAGUUGGCCUUCUUCAUAUUUUUUGUUUCUAAUUUGGGUCUCACGCUUUUUGCCUCCUUAAUUACGGCUUUGAUAGCACCUGCGGCCACAGGUUCGGGUAUACCUGAGGUGAAGGCUUACCUAAAUGGGGUGGAUGCACCUGGAAUAUUUACUGUGCAAACUCUUUUUGUUAAGAUUAUUGGAAGCAUUACAGCAGUUUCUUCAUCACUUCUUAUUGGGAAGGCAGGGCCUAUGGUGCAUACAGGUGCAUGUGUAGCAGCAUUAGUAGGUCAGGGUGGGUCAAAGAGAUAUGGGUUAUCGUGGAAAUGGUUACAGUUUUUUAAGAAUGACCGUGAUCGGAGAGAUCUAAUAACAUGUGGAUCAGCGGCUGGAAUGGCUGCUGCUUUCCGCUCCCCUGUUGGUGGUGUGUUGUUUGCUCUAGAAGAGAUGGCAUCUUGGUGGAGAAGUGCCCUUCUGUGGAGAGCUUUCUUCACAGCUGCAAUAGUUGCAAUAUUGCUCCGUGCCAUGAUUGACCUAUGUUUAAGUGGUAAAUGUGGGCUAUUUGGUAAAGGGGGACUGAUAAUGUUUGAUGUUUAUUCAGCGAGUAUUUCAUAUCAUUUGGUGGAUGUUCCUCCAGUGUUUAUUCUUGGUGUUAUAGGGGGGUUACUUGGAAGCUUAUUUAAUUUGCUGCUGAGCAAAGUUCUUCGGAUAUACAAUUUUAUCAAUGAGAAAGGAACCAUUUUUAAAAUUUUGCUUGCUUGUGUGAUCUCCGUUUGUACAUCCUGCCUUCUUUUUGGUUUGCCAUGGUUUACAUCUUGCCGACCUUGUCCACCUAAUCCGACUGAACCGUGUCCUACAAUCGGCCGGUCUGGUAUCUACAAGAAGUUCCAGUGCGCUCCUAAUCAUUACAAUGAUCUUGCAAGCCUCAUUUUCAACACAAACGAUGAUGCUAUUAGAAAUCUAUUUAGCAAGAACACCGAUGAUGAGUUUGAGGUUACAUCAAUGCUAAUCUUUUUUGUUACAUGUUUUCUGUUAAGUAUCUUCAGCUAUGGAGUUGUUGCUCCCGCUGGUCUUUUUGUGCCAGUUAUUGUUACUGGUGCUUCUUAUGGACGCAUUGUUGGAAUGCUGCUUGGCAAAAACUCGAAUCUUAACCAUGGUCUUUAUGCUGUACUCGGUGCUGCUUCUUUUCUUGGUGGAUCCAUGAGGACGACAGUUUCUCUGUGUGUAAUUAUUCUAGAACUCACCAACAACCUCUUGUUGCUACCCUUAAUCAUGAUGGUGUUAUUCAUAUCUAAGACUGUCGCAGAUGCUUUCAACGCAAAUAUAUAUGACAUUAUAAUGAAAGCCAAAGGUUUGCCAUAUUUAGAAACUCAUGCUGAACCUUAUAUGAGGCAGCUAACAGUAGGUGAUGUAGUAACAGGUCCACUGCAGACAUUUAAUGGCAUCGAAAAGGUUCGUAACAUCGUGUUUAUUCUCAAAAGUACAGGACAUAACGGGUUUCCUGUUAUUGACGAGCCUCCUAUGUCGGAAGCUCCGGUGUUAUUUGGCAUAAUCCUCCGCGACCAUCUUCUCACAUUGCUGAAGAAGAAAGCUUUCAUUUCCUCGCCUUCGGCAACCAGUGGAGCCGUCUUUGAUAAUUUUGCAGCCAAUGAUUUUGCAAAGAAGGGUUCAAGCAAGGUUCGUCUAAAGAUAGAGGAUAUAGAGUUGUUGGAGGAAGAGAUGGACAUGUUCAUAGAUCUACAUCCAUUUACUAACACUUCUCCUUAUACUGUUGUGGAGACAAUGUCACUGGGAAAGGCCCUUACACUUUUUCGGGCGCUUGGUUUAAGGCAUUUGCUUGUGAUACCCAAGAUUUCUAGUAGAUCACCUGUGGUUGGUAUACUCACACGGCACGACUUCAUUCCGGAACAUAUUUUGGGUUUGCAUCCCUUUCUGGUAAGAAAGGCAGGGAAAAUACUAAGAUUUUAGCACCCUUGUCUAGGGAACACAAAUUUGGUCAAAGAGCAACGCUCACAUAUUCUUGCUUAAGCUUUAGGGCAUCUGACUAAGGCUUCCCAGCUCAAUUAUUCUUAUGUUGCAGAAACAAUUCUUAUUCAUGAGACCAGAUUACUAGUAAUAGUUUUUUUUUUCCA